AUGCAGCCAAACAUUAGCGUUGAAUUCAAGUUUGAAGUUUAUGACGAAAGAAUGAAGACGAAAGCUAUGGAAGUUAUAGCUAAGUUUGCAGGAGUUACUAAAUUUGAGUGGAUGGAAAACGGAAAACUAAAGGUGAAGGGAAAGUUUGAUAGUCAUGAAAUGACAACAAAGUUUAAGAAGCUAUGUAAACAUAUUGCUAUAUUCAAACUUAUAACCGAUGAAGUGCCGGAGCAAAACCGAGCUGAAGUUACAAGGCUUGAAUCAGGCGGGCAGGACCACCACCGUCCGGUUACAAGCCGUGAAUCGGGCGGGCAGGACCACCACCGUCCGGUUACAAGGCGUGAAACGCAGGUGCAUACAAGGCGUGAACCAAGGCCGACGGAUCCAAACCGUGCUAUGGUUAUAUGGCGUGAAACUAGGCCGGAGCAUAACCCUCAUCCUCGGAGGGUUUGA